ACAUGCACUGUGCUGCGCUGCUGCUCAUUGCUGCCACCUUUUCGACGAAGGUGGACGCUGCCCCAAGCCGUCCAAAGAUUCAAGAGGGAGACGACGUAUUCGUGACUGUAGAGAAUGGCGUUCUGAGGGGCGUGGUGACCACAUCACUGAACGGUGCUGUCUACAACCAGUUCCUAGGCAUACCUUAUGCCACACCACCCCUGAGAGAUCUCCGUUUCCGUGCCCCGCAGCCUGCUACCUCCUGGUCCGGGGUUCGAGACGCGCUGUCCCUGGCGGACGACUGCGCCCAGCCAAAGUUUCAAGGCGCGCAGCCCACUGCUGGCUCCGAGGACUGCCUCUACCUCAACGUGUUCGUGCCGGCUGCGGCGAGUGGUCCUUUGCCCGUCAUGGUUCACAUCCACGGCGGUUCAUUCAGGACUGGUUCUCCUUCCAAUGGCGCACCGGACUAUUUUGUGGAGAAAGGCGUCCUGAUGGUCUCGGUCGCUUAUCGUCUCGGUGCCCUCGGCUUCCUGAGCCUUCAGAACGACGACAUCCCGGGCAACGCGGGACUUAAGGACCAGGUGCUGGCGCUGCAGUGGAUACAAAGGAACAUCGCAGCGUUCGGGGGAGAUCCGAGCAGGGUCGUCAUCUUCGGGGAAAGCGCAGGUGGCUGCUCCGUAUCACACCUCUUUCUCUCACCGGCGACCAAGGGACUCUUCAGCGGAGUAAUCAUGGAAAGUGGGGUAGCGACGACCCCUUGGGCGCUGACGGACAAACCCCGCGAGAGGGCGUACCGGAUGGGGGAGGCGCUCGGCUUCCAGGCGCAGGGCAGCAACCACACUGACGACGACGACGCGAGGCUGGCCGCCUUCCUUCGCUCCCUAAACUACUCAGACCUCGCCAUUGACGAUUCUGUGGCACUCUCGGAUUUCGAAAAGCGCUGCCCGGUGCACCUGGCUUUCGUGCCCGUCUUGGAGCCACCAUCGGACUCGGCAGUGAUCAUCGAGCCUCCAGCAGACGUCCUCAGAGCUGGCAGCUACAACCAGGUCCCCAUCGUACUUGGCGUCACUUCUGGAGAAGGUUUCGUCGUAUAUCUCUCGGCGGGGCUGCUGACGGAAGCGGGGAUCGCCGACAUGAAGGAGAACUUCACGGCGCUGGUCGGCUCCCAGCUGCCGCUGCCCACCGAGGAACAGCGGUCUCGUGCGGCGGAACAGCUGGAGCAAUUCUACUUUGGGGACGACGGCUUCUCCACAGACGACGUUCAAGCCGUUGUUGAUCUGUUUUCAGAUCUGUACUUCAUUCAACCAGCGAAUUCCUUCGCUAGGGCAGUGGUGAACUCCAGCACUGUACCUGUACACUUCUACUACUUCGAUUACAACGGCCGUGGCUAUACGAAAUACGGCAUGAUACAUGCUGGGGAAACUACGUAUCUGUUUUCAGACGGUUUAUUUAAACCAGGCACAGAACCUAAUUCCAACGAUUUAAAAGUCUCAGAUCAGAUGACAACACUAUGGACAAAUCUCCCAAAAUACAGGGAUCCGGCACCAUCUGGAAAUCCCAUGGUGUGGGAAAAGCUGACGGCUAAUGCUUCCAACUACCUUGAUAUGAAACUCGAAUUUGUGACACGUCAGGACUUGCUCAAGGAACGGAUGGAAUUCUGGAGAGAAAUACUGUCUUCACACUGAGUGAUAUACUGUGAUAUACAUUCUCAUGAAAUGUUCAAUGUAAAUUGAAUGUUGCUUCUGUUUGGUCUAUAAAAAAAAUUAUCAUCACUA